AUGGAGGAAGAGUGGAAUGCCAGAGAAACAGAUAACAGCAGGUACGAAUGGCGGCUGUAUUCACCGAGCAACGAGAGUGCUGCUUUCAUUGACGAGAUUGAAGCUGUCGCGUCGACGACACGUGCCCGCAGUGGUCUGUGCAACCCCGGGUUUAUUUUCUUGUCUUGUAUCGUUUCUCCCUUCAUACUUGAGACAACGCCAGCUUGCUACUAUGCCAUGGCGCUCUUUCCUAAGCGUUUGACCUGCCACGGCUGUGGGCAUCGCUCUCCUCAACCCGUCCGUGGAUCGGUUGGCAAAUUUCAUUGCAGUCAUUGCGACGCCGAUACCUACCUCGACCAGAAUGGAGAAAUCACAGAUCCUCCGGCCGCUGAUACAAACCCGGCAGGUGCCUGGAGUCCGCGUCCCGACCCAGCCGAUUCAAUAGCUAGAGGCUCCGACCUCUUUUGCGCCCAGUGUCUUCGCAACCAGCACCUGCUUACGACAUCCCUGGCAAAUUACUCCGAGGCGUCCGAUGAUCCAAAUCAUCCCGACGAAGAGCAACGCAUUGAGGCGUUCCGCAAGACCAUGGAAGACCAGUACCCGCAGGUGUGUGAUGCUUGCGAGCCUCGCGUGGUGCAGCGCAUGCGCCAGGCUGGAUACGAAGCGAAAGCAGAUCACCUCCGACGGAUGAUGGACCGAAGCAGAGCGAGUAAAGCCGCAAAGCGGGAGAGGAAUUGGGGUUGGCGUAGUCUUCCGGUCUACGCGGGUGCCCUUGGGUACUGGGGUAGUGUGGGCGGACAACUUGCAUGGGACGGAAUGAGUGCUUUGACUAGUCCCAACUCCAUCUAUCAGGAUACUUCCCUGGAGAUCACGCCAUCCUUACUAUCUUGUGGCAGAUCUGCAUGGGAAUUUAGGCGCAUCCCUGGCGAGUGCCCCCGUGACUUGGCUUCGUUGGCUGGUCUCUCGCUCGUUGCAGGCUGUAUAUCAAUAUGGUGGAAUCCCAAGCUACGCAUGAAGGUAAAUGGAAAAGGCGGCAGAUUCAUCGGUCUCUCAGAGUACUACAAGGGCCAACUCGUUGUGUUGGUUGCGCGAUGCGUGUUCUGGGCACUGCUCAAGGACCCAUCCGCGAGUGGCCUCAAAGCCGACUUACCCCCUGCUCUGCAUAUGUUCAUGUUCAUGUUUACUAUUAUCUCUGUUGUGGUUUCUCGUCAAGUCGUUAGGUACGACGCUAGACCGUUGGUGAAUUGGGCAGAUCACUCGUGGGAGACGAGGGUUCGGAGCCCAGGUUCCUCUCCAGCGCCAGCUGAUCAUGGGCAACCACAGAUCAAUUCGCCAAAUGGAACCGGCAAACCAUUUGUCCCAUCCUUCCCUAUUGAAAAGCUAGCUACAGCUCCGCCCCCAGCGGAUGAAACACCUGUUAUUCCUCCUACUCCUCCAGCCGUGGCCGACGAUAUGGAUUGGACCCCCUCUGCUCCGCAAAAUCUCCGGCCAAGUGUGAGUGUGGCCCAUAGAAAUCAGCCACCUCCAAGUGUUUUCGAUGGCCCCUUACCAUUCUAUGGAAGUUUGCCCGCUGCUCCAAAGCCCCCGGCCUGGAACCUCCGCACUCGCCAAUCAAAUAAGCCUAUUGAGCAAGUUGUUCAGCCCAACCCAUUCCAUCGAAGCCCGGUCCAGGCGCCAGACAUGCUGCAACAGCACCGUGCAAAACCAGAGCCCAUCUUCCAAGCCCCAAAAUUCUUUCCACAGGCUGAUUACAACCAAAUGACUGGGUUGGAAACCCUUUUUGAAGAGACGUUCGACAUUAGCAAGGAUGUACCGAAGAGAGACAGGGGCCGCUCAGAGCGCAGCCAAGAUCCUUCUUCCCGUCCCAUCCAAAGCCAGCUCGUGUAUCAGUACCUUCGAUUGGGGUUGUUGCUGGCCUCCAUGGCUGCAUGGACCUUUUCUCAGAAUCACGAGCUCUUGAUCCAAGGGAAUUAUAUCGAGGCCAGUGCUCUAGGCAGCGCCAGUCUGAUAGCGGGCUUUGCAUUUUUGGAAGCCGUCAAGCGACCCAUGGUGCAUUGGAACGGUAUGGAAAUCUUGGUGUACCUCACGGAACUUGUCGCCGCUGUCCACCUGGGUAGCCAUCUGCCCAAGGCUGAUUUCGAGCGCGCCUACUUCGAUCGAUAUGGGAAGAUGCUCCUGGUGUUUAUGACUGUCCAGGAGUUUUUGGGUCUUUUGGCUUUCUAUCGUGCAUUGCCAGUUGCGAAUAUGCCAGACGCCCAACCACCGACAAGUCCUUUCUUUCCUCAGCCCGGGUCACCCCAUCGCCAGUCGCAGUCGCCCACAACCGGUGCUAUCGCCUGGCCUUCUGUGGAGUCCCCACCCAAUCGAUCUCCUGUUGCACCAUCCUUUGAGUUGCAGCACCCCGCGCCUCUGCCGUCGUUCUCCCAACGCAGCGCGCCUGCUCUCUCCUUUGGAUCCUCGGAUGGAGCCUCCACCCUCUCCUCGGCGCUGCCGGAGGUAUCGAAUUACGGGCUUUCAACGUCACGAUCUCUUAAUACCUUGCCUGUCAAGAACCCCCACAGCUUCACUAUGAGCGACCUCAAAGCCAGCGAGCCACCGUCAGAUUACGAACAGGACUCGGACACUGAGACAAUCGCGACUACGGCGACCAACAGGACCGAUGCUACCGGUCUCAAUAUCAGAUACGGGCGCCACCCCAACACAGGCUUCAACUCUGCUUUUUCACCACGAAAGAAUGAACUUGGCUCCGGUAUUGGCGGCUUGAGUCUAGAGGAUCGCCCUACUCCUCGCCGCAUGACGCGAAGCCAAACACAACAAGGCAUAGGGAGCCUUCGACGCCCCAGCCGUCCUAUUAGAUGA